AUGAUCUCAGCGCAAGGCACGAUAGCAAUUGCAACCAACGACGCGGAGGUAACAUCGGAAGCCCUCAGCCUGUUCGGUUUCACAAAAGAGGAAAGCAGAAAACUGUUGUUUGAGGAGAAACUCAGUUGGAGAGAGACAAAAGAGACAAUGAAGAGCAUGGCACCACAACAGGUGUGGCAGCAAGUGUUCACUUACAGCAUGUGCAAAAACAUCCAGCGACAACACUUAUUGGACAAAACAGAACACAAAUUCUUGACAAUGUACGCAAGACCAAAACAGGCCAAGAAACACCUAACAGCAAUAGUCAGCAGAUCCAUCAACCCAUUCACAACACUACCGAUCCCAACCGGAGAAGACUGGCGCGAGAAAUGCAAUGGCGACCCGGACAUCAGCCACAUCAUCAAGGCAAUCCGCAACAACAAAAAGGUAGACAGAUCAAAGCUCACAAACCCAACGUAUGCCUCAGAACUCAACAGAGAUAAGCUAGAGAUUGAAAACGGCAUCCUAUACCAAUUCGAAGAACCGAAGUCGGCACCAAUGCGUCAACUACGACGAGCAGUCGUCCCACCAAGAUUGAGAGCCACAAUCAUAGCAGCAUACCACGCAUCACCAAUGGCAGGACACGUAGGGUUCCACAAGACGUAUUACAGGAUAGCCGCAAGGUUUUGGUGGCCCGGGAUGGCAAAGGAUAUCAGAGAAGCAGUCCUAGGAUGCGGACAUUGCAAUGCAGCCAACGCGUUGAGCCACAAAAACCAAAAGAUUCUACAACGGACCCCAAUAGAAGAACCAUUUGACGUAUGUUGCAUGGACGUUUGGUCGCCAGGAUCAACAAAGAACGCUACCAAACUGUCCACAACUUUGAGGAAGACACUCACAAACAAAGGAGUAGUCACUUACGUUUGCAACAUGACAGGUUGUGCCACGGUCGCUUUCAUCAGCUCCAUGGACUCAGGAAACAUGGCCAGAAUAGCAUUCUCGCAAUUCUUCUCGGUCUGA